CAGCGGCAUCGGGAGCUCUCCCCUCCCCUUCACACCCCCUACAAUUGAUCUCACCGCCUCGACGCGAAGGGCUUGGGCGAUCGAUCCCCCCACCCGGCCACCUCCUCCCUCCUCCUCCUCUCCUCGUCGAUAUGCUUUCGUUGGAUCGAACGUGCGUUCUGCGAUGCGACGAGUUGCUAGGCCCACUUCGGGCGUCGAGACGGCGAGUGGCUCUGCCUGCUCCGACGACGGUGCGGUGUCAGACGAGGAGCGGAGGGGAGAUGAACGGGAGGGGGAUCUCAGUGGACAAUACGAUCAAGGAGAUUGAGCCGAAGUUUGUUGAAUCUUCCGAUGACGUGACACGCGAUGAUGUCGACAAUGAUGAACAGUUCAUGAUGCCGUGGACAGUCUCCGUCGCUAGUGGUUACACAUUGUUGCGGAAUCCACAGCACAACAAAGGUCUCGCAUUCAAUGAGAAAGAGAGAGAUGCCCACUAUUUGCGAGGUCUCCUACCUCCAGUGUGUAUUUCUCAAGAGCUUCAGGAAAAAAAGAUCAUGCACAAUCUUCGCCAGUACCAGGUACCAUUGCAACGGUAUAUGGCGAUAAUGGAUAUGCAGGAGCUUAAUGAGAAGCUCUUUUACAAACUCCUCAUUGACCAUGUGGAAGAAUUGCUUCCUGUUGUUUAUACGCCUACUGUCGGCGAGGCAUGCCAGAAGUAUGGUUCUAUAUUUAGGCAUCCUCGGGGCCUCUAUAUCAGUUUGAAUGAGAAAGGAAGGAUUCUCGAGGUAUUGAGAAACUGGCCUGAAAGGGAUAUUCAAGUUAUUGUGGUCACAGAUGGUGAACGUAUCUUGGGUCUCGGGGAUCUUGGUUGCCAGGGCAUGGGAAUUCCGGUGGGCAAGCUUGCUCUAUAUACUGCUCUUGGCGGAGUCCGUCCAUCUGCUUGUUUGCCUGUUACUAUUGACGUGGGGACCAAUAAUGAACAGCUACUUAAUGAUGAAUUUUAUAUUGGCUUGAGGCGAAGAAGGGCUACUGGUCAAGCAUAUGCAGAGUUACUAGAGGAGUUCAUGGAUGCUGUGAAACUUAGAUAUGGAGAAAAAGUACUAAUUCAGUUUGAAGAUUUUGCCAACCAUAAUGCAUUUGAACUUCUUGCCAAAUAUCGUAAAACACAUCUUGUCUUUAAUGAUGAUAUACAGGGCACAGCUUCUGUUGUGCUCGCUGGUCUUUUUGGCGCUUUGAAAAUAGUUGGCGGAACAUUGGCAGAGCACAGUUUCUUAUUCCUUGGUGCUGGGGAGGCUGGUACUGGUAUUGCAGAACUCAUAGCUCUUGAGAUGUCUAAACAGACAAAAGCACCAGUGGAAGAGACUCGCAAGAGGAUAUGGAUGGUGGAUUCUAAGGGUUUAAUUGUGAACUCACGUAAGGAUUCCCUUCAACACUUUAAGCAACCAUGGGCGCAUGACCAUGAGCCUGUCAAUAAUCUUUUAGCUGCUAUAAAGGCUAUCAAACCCACUAUUUUAAUUGGGUCAUCUGGAGUGGGGAAAACUUUCACGAAGGAGGUAGUUGAGGCGAUGACCACUUUUAAUGAGAAACCCAUAAUUUUGGCACUAUCCAACCCUACCUUGCAAUCCGAAUGUAGCGCAGAAGAAGCAUAUGCAUGGAGUAAGGGUCGAGCAAUAUUUGCGAGUGGGAGUCCAUUUGAACCGGUUGAAUAUGAUGGGAAAGUUCUUGUGCCAGGACAGUCAAAUAAUGCCUACAUCUUCCCGGGAUUUGGCCUUGGGUUGGUGAUCUCUGGAGCAACCCGUGUACAUGAUGACAUGCUGCUUGCAGCCUCGGAAGCUUUAGCCCAACAGGUGACACAGGAGAACUUGGACAAAGGAAUGGUCUACCCACCAUUCUCAAACAUAAGGAAGAUAUCUGCCCAUAUUGCUGCGAAUGUCGCAGCCAAAGCAUACGAACUUGGAUUGGCAAGUCAAUACCCACGGCCGAAGGACCUGGUGAAAUAUGCGGAGAACUUCAUGUACAAGCCUGUUUACCACAAAUAUAGAUGAUCGGACAAGAGCAGCCCCUGGUGCAUAGUAGUAGCGCAGUAGAUGCCUUUGGCUGCAUAGUUCUUCUGGUGUCUUGUUUUAUCAAAUAUAUGCUCUAAUUAUUUGGCCCUCUUUAUAAUGUCAACUUGGAGUUAAGACUACGCGUUUUUUCCUUUUCCUUUUUCCCCUUUUUUUUUUCACGUCAGAAUUUACUUUUGACGAUGGGUCCUAGUGUUAUCUGUUGUUUGUUGUAUGUGUUGGUGCCUUUGUGUGUCAAACGAGAUGUACUACAUGUGACUAAGUUAUUUUUAAUGAAAAUAUUUAUGGUUCUUUUUCAAA